AUGGCUCGCACAUUCGCCAUACACAAGCCCGCUCUCAAGAAUCAAUACACGAUUAUUGGCCCCAGCCGUGACACAAGCACUGCAGAAGAGUGCAUAUUCGUUAAGCUGCGCCCCGCGCUGAACAAGCGUCCCUUCCUCGUCAUCCACGAUGGGCCAGACGCAAGCUGUCCAGUCGCCGCCGUGUCUCACCUGCCAGCCUUUGCGCGGCACUAUGCCAUCGGACUGGGCGAUCCCAAAUUGACAGAAGACAUGAUCUGGGAAGAGCUCCGCAUAGCACACUCGUCAGGCAAGAAACACACCUGGGCCAUGGACGUGGACAACGACGAGCAUCGCGGCCAGCAGCGACGCCUGCAUCUGGUCUGGACGAGGACGCGCAGCGUCACCGUCGACGGCAUGGCACGUCCGCCGCUGAGCACGCGCAACUGGAAGCUGACGGAGGAAUUGCCAGCCGAGGGACGACCCGGCCGGCAAGACGGAAAGGCCGCGACAGCCGAGUCCAUCCUGGCCGUCUUCACCAGCACCACGCAGCUGGGCAAGUGCGGAAGCAUGCAGGUCAAUGUGGACUAUGGCCGGGAGUUUGACAUGAUGCUGUUCACCACAUGCCUUUCCAUCUACUCGUCUGGAUGA